CUUUCAACAUGGAGAGUGGAGCAGGGAAGCAUUGGACUGAGGAGGAGGUUAAAGCCUUGUUAAGCGUCUGGUCAGAAAAAAACAUCAGAAAGCAACUCCACGGCACCCUGAGGAAUAAAGGAAUAUUUAUCUACAUUGCUAAAAGGUUGCAGGAGUUAGGAGUUUGCAGGGAUUGGAAACAGUGCCGUGCAAAGUAUAAAAAUCUGAAGUAUGAAUACAGAACAGUUAAAUAUGCUCACAACUCUGGGGAUGUCACUAAAUCCAUGAAGUUUUUCCAUGAUCUGGAUGCCAUAUUGCGAUAUGAACCUGUCACACAAUUAGCAGCAGAAGAAAACGGCAGGUGUUCUGCGACUGAGACACAGCUGAACACAAGCCCCACAACAGACAGCAUGCAAGGUGAAAUAUCAGUUUCUUUAGAAGAUGAUGAGGAUGCUCCAGGAGAUCCACUACUUUUUAUGUCCCAUGUCAGACCAGUUCAACUAGGUAAUGCAACGUCAGCAGUAGAGGCUCCAAAAACACCGGCUUUUAUUCCAACAGUAGCAAACGAAGGAGGAAAACACUGGACUGUUAAUGAAGUCAGAGCUUUGAUACGCAUAUGGUCAGACAAAAAUAUCCAGCAACAACUGGAGGGGACAGUGAGAAAUAAAAGAAUAUUUGAACAGGUUGCUGCUAGACUUCAAAAGUUUGGAAUUGACAGGGACUGGAAGCAGUGCAGGACAAAAUAUAAAAAUCUGAAACAUGAAUACAAGAGUAUAAAAAGCGCCCAAGACUCAGGGAGUACAAGUAAAAGUAUGAAAUUUUUUAAUGAACUGGAUGCUAUUCUGGGGCACAGCACCAUGGAACAAGCAAGUAAAUCAGAUCAUGAUGAAAGUGAGAGGCCUCCAGAAUGGACAGAAGCAAAAUCAGAAAAGGAUUCCAUAGAAAUGCCUGGAGACACAGGUGAAGAGGAUUCUGUUAGUAAUAUGUCAGAAGACCAACAAGUUGCAGAUAUAAGGAAAGUUUCUGAUUCAGAAAUCCUUGAAGAUGAGAGGGAUUUUGCCAACUCUGCCCCAGCAGGUCUGGAAUCUACACAAAUAAAGAAGGAGACAAUUGACCUAGAUGAUGAGUCUGUGAGCACUACCUCAGAAGACAGAUCUUGUACUCCAGUAGGAAAACGGAUGGUUGGGACAGACAAUCAUAUUCCUUUGGAAGAAGCACAAAAUCACUUCAAAGUUAUUACAGUUAAUGAUACUGGAGCAGGAAAACACUGGAGUGAUAAUGAAGUCAGAGCUCUGAUAAACAUAUGGUCAGAUGAAAAGAUACAACAAAUGCUUGAAGGAGCCACAAGAAAUAAAGAAAUAUUUGAGGAAAUUGCCAGAAGGUUAAUGAAGCGUGGUAUAGACAGAGACUGGAAACAGUGUCGCACAAAGUACAAGAACCUAAAAUACGAAUACCGUGCACUGCAGAAGGAAAAUGAGCAUCUUGGGAAUGCCAGGAGAAAAAUGAGAUUUUAUGAUGAAGUUGACUGUAUCUUAAGAAGACAGCCUCUGGGUCCCUCAAGCUGGGGAUGCGAAAGUUCAAGUCUCCUAUCAGGUACUAAAAACUUCAGUGAUGAGAGCAAGAGCUUAAAAUGA